AUGGAGAACUUUCUGCGAGUCUGGCGACAACAGGCGAAAGUUCGUGGCCAGUAUGACGCCGCGAUAUUCAUCGGAGACAAAGUCCUUGCGUUGACAAAUAGUGACGAGGAUGCCCUUUGGCUGGCCGAAGUCCAUUUCUCGAACAACAACUACACGCGAGCCCUAGCCCUCCUUUCCCGUCAAGACCUCGUAUCCCGGAGUACGGCCUGUCGCUACCUCGCUGCGCACUGCUACAUCAAACAAAGCCAGUACGAGCAGGCCCUGUCGGUGCUCGGCGACCAGAACCCAACCCACCUUUUCCGCAGUAAUAAUAGCCGCCGCAAGCUUCAACACCUGAAUGGGCAGAGCCGAAUAACACUCCGCAAUGCAAAGUCACGUCAUGACGAUCGGGAUCGCGAGGACGCUGGGAACAUCCGAUAUGAGGCGGGCAUGUGCUACCUUCGAGGUCUUUGUUUCGCAAAGCAGAAUGCUUUCGAUCGAGCGCGCGACUGUUACAAGGAUGCGGUGCGGAUCGACGUGCAGUGCUUCGAAGCUUUCGACCAGCUCAUGAAGAACUCGCUUAUGUCGCCGGCGGAGGAGCUUGAGUUCUUGGAAUCGCUGGACUUUGACUCAAUUACAGGUGCCGACCCUCCAAUCUCGCAAGAAGCUGCGGACUUCACGAAAAUGCUGUAUACCACUCGUUUGUCGAAAUACUCGUCCCCAGCCGUCCUCACCGAUGCUACGGAAACCUUAUCCACUCACUACAAAUUGGCCGAGAAUCCGGACAUACUCCUUUCUCGGGCGGAAGCUCUCUACACGCAAUGUCGAUUUGCAGAGGCGCUGGAGCUGACGUCUUCGAUUCUUUCCACAUCGCGGUCCUCUUUGUCGGCACAGACGAGCGCAGGCCAGAACCAACUCGGACACUCUCCCGCUGUAUAUCCUCUGCACUUGGCCUGCCUCUACGAAACAGGGGCAACAAAUGCUCUAUUUCUACUGUCACAUACACUUGCUGACCACUCGCCUGAAGAAUCGUACACCUACCUAGCUAUUGGAGUCUACUACCUAUCCGUCUCGAAGAUCGCAGAAGCCCGGCGCUUCUUUUCCAAAGCGUCCUUGUUGGAUCCACAUUCUGCACCCGCAUGGAUCGGCUUCGCCCACACAUUCGCAGCCGAAGGAGAGCAUGACCAGGCUAUUGCCGCGUACAGUACGGCUGCGCGACUAUUCCAAGGCAGUCACUUGCCUCAGUUGUUCCUUGGCAUGCAGCACCUGGCGCUGAAUAACAUGGCUCUUGCGCAAGAGUAUCUUUGCGCCGCCUAUGCAAUGUCCACAGGGACAGCUGCCGGCACCGUUCCGUCAAUACCCUCGUUACCGUCGUCCGAAGUGUCUCCCUUGGGAGGAGAUCCCUUAGUCUUGAACGAACUUGGUGUUGUACUCUACCACCAGAGCCAUCUUGAGGAGGCGAUUGAUCUUUUCCGCCAAGCAUUGAAUCUAUCGACGUCCCUUCGAUGCGAGCCGGGCGCGUGGGUUGCAACGCGAUCUAACCUUGGUCACGCUCUGCGGCGUUUGGGCAAAUACCCCGAAGCAUUGGACGAGUUUGACGAGUGUCUGCGCAUUGGGUCCGGUGGUGCAAGCCUUGGAUACAGCCCGUUUCUGGGCGGAAGCGGAGGCAAUGCCUCUGGAGUAGCUUCGUCCGGUGUGAGCGGCUACGAGGAACGUGGGUUGAUUGGCUCAUUGUAUACUGCGCGUGGACUCGUUCUUUUGGAAAUGAACCGCACCCUCGACGCCGUCACAACCCUGCACGAGGCGGUGCGUGUACUAGGGGCCAGCGGGGGCGGUGAUGCCGCUGGUGGGGCGGGCGUUGCGGGUACACUCCUAUCACGGGCGCUGGAGAUAUGGGCGUUGGAAACCCACGAGACCGAAGCUGCAUCGGAAGACGGCUCUAGGCCCGUCAAGAACAUAACGCGAUCGCGCGACAAGGGCAAAGGCAGGGCGUCUCGACGACGAGUAGCUCCAGACGACUCGUUCACAGAAGAAUGGACGGACGAGGUGGCGGGUGGUGUCCCAACCGGCCAUGGUUCUACGAACACCACCGUCGAUGAAACAAUCGAGAUGGAGCUGGACCAAGACGCAGAGCGGCUUCUCCGCGACUCGGUCGAACGUGUUCGCGGCGGACACCGUGGUCGACGAGAGCACAUACACCAGCCGCUGAGCAGUCCGGAAGUAGAGGCACCGCCUCGCAGUCGAGGGGGCAGAACAGCACGUUCGAGCCAGGCGCGAUCAUGA